ACCCUGAAUCUCUGGAUGAAAGUCACAGCAGAUACGAGUCUUGGUCUGACUGGAGUACCUGAAGCCGUGCCUGGUGGAGCCUCCCUGGAGAGAUUGGCUCCCCCCACUGUGCGGAUCGUGCACUCAGGCCUGGCAUGCAACAUCGAGGAGGAGCGCUACUCGGAGAGGGUCUACACCAUCCGUGAGGGUGAGACGCUGGAGCUGACCUGCCUGGUCACUGGCCAUCCUCGGCCACAGAUCAGGUGGACCAAAACAGCAGGAAGUGCCUCUGACAGAUUUCAAGAUUCGAGCGUCUUCAAUGAAACUCUGAGGAUAUCCAAUAUCCAGAGACACCAAGGAGGACGCUAUUACUGCAAGGCUGAGAACGGCUUGGGUUCACCAGCCAUAAAGUCCAUAAGAGUGGACGUGUACUAUUUGGAUGAUCCAAUAGUAACAGUCCACCAGAGCAUUGGGGAAGCAAAAGAACAGUUUUACUAUGAGAGAACAGUGUUUCUCAGGUGUGUUGCCAACUCCAAUCCACCCGUUCGGUACAGCUGGCGACGUGGCCAAGAGGUACUGCUGCAAGGGUCUGAUAAAGGAGUGGAGAUCUAUGAGCCCUUCUUUACCCAGGGAGAAACCAAGAUCCUGAAGCUGAAGAACCUACGACCUCAGGACUACGCAAAUUACAGCUGCAUUGCCUCAGUGAGGAAUGUCUGCAGCAUCCCUGACAAGAUGGUGUCCUUCCGACUCUCUAAUAAAACAGCAUCACCUUCUAUUAAGCUUCUUGUGGAUGACCCGAUAGUGGUGAACCCUGGAGAAGCAAUCACCUUAGUCUGUGUGACGACAGGAGGGGAGCCAGCCCCCAGCCUGACGUGGGUGAGGUCUGCCGGCAUCCUGCCCGAGAAGACGGUGCUGAAUGGUGGCACUUUAACAAUACCUGCCAUCACGUCAGAAGAUGCUGGCACAUACAGUUGCAUCGCCAAUAACAAUGUUGGAAAUCCUGCAAAAAAGUCCACCAAUAUCAUCAUAAGAGCCUUAAAAAAAGGACGGUUUUGGAUUACCCCUGACCCAUAUCACAAAGAUGACAACAUCCAGAUUGGGCGAGAGGUGAAAAUCUCCUGCCAGGUGGAAGCCAUCCCAUCUGAAGAACUUACAUUCAGCUGGUUUAAGAAUGGACGUCCCUUGAGAAGCUCUGAAAGGAUGGUUAUUACACAGACUGACCCCGAUGUUUCACCAGGCACCACAAACCUGGACAUUAUUGACUUGAAAUUCACUGACUUUGGGACAUACACGUGUGUUGCGUCUCUGAAAGGAGGUGGCAUAUCAGAUAUCAGCAUUGAUGUCAACAUCUCCAGCAGUACAGUCCCACCAAAUUUGACUGUUCCUCAAGAAAAGUCACCCCUGGUCACCCGGGAAGGGGACACAAUCGAACUGCAGUGCCAGGUAACAGGGAAGCCCAAGCCCAUCAUUCUCUGGUCCCGAGCAGACAAGGAGGUUGUGAUGCCGGAUGGAGCAAUGCAAACGGAGAGCUACGAUGGGAUCCUGAGGAUAGUGAACGUGUCCAGGGAAAUGACAGGAACCUACAAGUGCCAGACCAGCCAGUAUAAUGGGUUUAAUGUGAAGCCCAGAGAAGCUUUGGUACAGCUCAUUGUACAGUACCCCCCCGCCGUGGAGCCCACCUUCCUGGAGAUUCGGCAAGGCCAAGGCCGAAGCAUCACCAUGAGCUGCCGGGUUCUGAGGGCAUAUCCCACCCGGGUCCUCACCUAUGAGUGGCGCCUGGGCAGCAAGCUGCUGCGCACUGGCCAGUUCGACAUGCAGGACUCCACCGAGUACACUGUCAGCAGCCUCUCCCGUGACAGCUACGGCAUCUACAACUGCAACAUCAUCAAUGAAGCGGGUGCUGGCAGAUGCAGCUUCCUCGUGACAGGUAAAGCCUAUGCUCCUGAGUUCUACUAUGACACCUACAACCCACUGUGGCAGAACAGACCCCGCGUGUAUUCCUACAGCCUGCAGUGGACACAGAUGAACCCCAACGCUGUGGACCGCAUCCUUGCCUAUCGCUUAGGAAUUAGGCAGGCUGGACAACAGCGUUGGUGGGAACAGGAAAUUACAGUGAAUGGAAAUAUUCAAAAGGGAGAAUUAAUUACCUACAACCUAACCGAGCUGAUCAAGCCAGAGGCAUAUGAAGUCCGUCUAACACCCAUCACCAGAUUUGGGGAGGGGGACUCAACUAUUCGGGUCAUCAAAUAUAGUGCUCCAGUAAAUCCACAUUUACGAGAGUUCCACUGUGGGUUUGAGGAUGGUAACAUUUGCCUUUUCACUCAAGAUGACACAGACAAUUUUGACUGGACAAAACAAAGCACUGCCACUAGAGACACAAAAUACACUCCGAACACUGGCCCAAAUGCAGAUCGGACUGGCUCCAAGGAAGGUUUCUACAUGUACAUUGAGACAUCACGCCCCAGGCUGGAAGGAGAAAAGGCCAGACUUGUUAGUCCUGUUUUCAGUGUCGCUCCAAAAAAUCCUUACGGAGCUACGAACACAGCCUAUUGUUUUAGCUUCUACUAUCACAUGUAUGGACAGCACAUAGGAAGUUUGAAUGUUUACCUGAGGUUGAAAGGCCAGACCGCGAUAGAGAACCCAUUGUGGUCUUCAAGUGGAAAUAAGGGACAGCACUGGAACCAAGCCCGCGUUAAUAUAAACCCCCCAACAUCAUUUCAGCUCAUAUUUGAAGGGAUCCGGGGCCCUGGCAUCGAAGGUGAUAUUGCUAUUGAUGAUGUAUCAAUUGUGGAAGGAGAGUGUAUGAAAUCAGACCAACCAGCCAACAAUUUACGAUCAGGUGCUGUUGGGACAUUAGCGCAUACACGACUUAUCCCAGUUAUCAUCCUCAUGUCUUUCUUAAGUCAUCAGAGGUGACCUUAUCCUGGCAGAGGCUACAAGAGAUUCACCAGGCACUGGCAUGAAGAAAGAGUCUUUGUAAAAUGGACAUUUAAAAACAAACUACCAAAGAUUCCUCCACUGACUGACUCAAAAGUUAAAUAAAUACAUAAAUAAAUAAUAAAAAAAUUAAAAAGCACUGGGGACAUAAAAGGCAUCACGGGAGUGUAACUCACUAUGAACCACGCGUGAGAACGAGAUCUGGCCUUGUAAGGAAGAGACCUUCAGGUGCUUUUGUGGUCAAUAAUGAAUACAGCAUCAUCUGGUUGAACUCUUGGAAAAGAGCUAUAGAAACCCUUGUCAAAGCACAAAGUCAUGGCUGGUUUUGUUUCAAAUGAAUAGUUUGCUUGUUACCAUGGAAACUUAAUGGCCUGCCAAAAAAAAAAAUAAAAAGGAAGGAGAGGAAAUAAAAACAAAAACGGAGAGAGAAACACCUCACUGUAAACAGGGUAUGUGAAGAGCUGGCAUUCAUUUUCCCUUGAAGAAGGUUUUUAGUAUAGAGUUAAAUAAAUGUAGGCCCUUUCUACUUUGGCUGUCACAUCCCCUAGAGAAUAACCCUAAAUCAGAGUGUUUUAAGACAUUUACGUUUCAUUUCUCAUGGCUAUGCUUGAUAACUGUAUGCUGUCUCCUUUUGCAUGCAUUACUAUCCAGGAUGUGCAACCUGGGCUUACAUAUUACACAGGCUUAUCGGAGUUUGCUUGCGGCCACUCGAACACCCCUCUCCCCUCCCCAGCUAAGUCAUCUGUUCUAAUGAAGUGAAGAAACCAAACCACCGUCUUUUAUAAAUUGCCAUGGAAACCAAGUGCCUUCAAUGAAACAAGCCUGAUUUAAAAAUAAAUAAAUAAAAAAAUAAUAAUAGUUUCAACACAGAAGCUUGCACUGCGAAAAUGUGGUUUGUGCAAACUAUUUUCUAAACAAACUACGGAGCCUGGGUGUGCAGACUGCAGGCAAGGAGACGAAGUCGCUUCUGGAGAUGGAUGGACCUAAGCUGCUGCAUAAGCCCUUCCGGAUGAGAUAUUUGUUGUUUAGCGUUCCAGACAGCCAUGGCCUUUCAGCUUACUACCCAUUAGAAAAUAGCUUCUGUUGGUCCUGGAAAUGGGAGCAGCACUUUUUUUUGAUGUUGUUGUUGUUUUUCCAGCUUAUCAAGUGGGUCAACCAGAGGAAAAGGUUAAGAUACACUUAGUGCAGAAGGUGGUAAAACACAGAAGAGAUGUUUGUGCUGUAAACUCCAUUCACAAGGCAGUCAGCUCCAGCAUUAGUGGGAUGGGGAGGCAUGUGUGGGGACAACGGUGCGUGCCGAGACACUCAGCAAACUGCAGAGCUCACUGCAACCCUGGCACCAGCGAAGCACCAAGGGUGCUGUGCCUCUGCUCUGUAGCCAGACUCUGUGCAGAUCAUGAAAGAUUAUUUUGUUAUUGUAGCAAAAUUUUAAAAAAACAAGAGAAAAAAAUCCACUUUUACAACAACAACAAAAACAAACUAAAAAAGGCUGUACAAAUGGUUUUGAGCUACCCGAACACAUACCGUGAGCCAGCCGGUUUUCCACUGCAUUGUAAAGUUCCCUUACAGUUGUUUAUGACAAUUUGAAUACCUUUUUCCUUAAAUUAUCUCAGCUUUUAACUUCAUUUAAAAAAAAAAAAGACUUUUGUCUAAAGAAGAGUAUUAUAAUUAUCAUUAUUCUGUGUUCUCUUGAUACCCUAGGAAUAAAAAAAAAUAUAUGCAAAUAAUUGGAGUACAAACUUAAAAAAAAAACAGAUGAGUAUAAUAUUUGCAAAUAUGAGUAUAAAAAGCACAACGAGAUGCAGUAAAACAAUGACAAGGCUUGACUUUUUUUUAUUCUGUAGAGAAAUGUUUGUGCAAAUCCAGUAAUUCAACUAAAGAGAUAAUUUUACAGCUAUGUUCAAUAAAGCCUCUUUCCAGGUAAGGUA